UGAAGUGCGGUCAUGCGCAGUUGUCGGCCAGCGAAGAUGUCAGGCAUCUCCCCAACUCCAUCGCGAUUGGAAAGAUAAUCGGUUGGCCUUGGCACUUGUCUUAUUGAGCUAGUGGUUUGUUUUUGUUUUGAGGUGCUGAUUUGUUCAGGCAGUUGUCCUUCAGCUUCCCAUCCUCUACCUCUGCCCCAGAAGCCUCAGCGGCCCCUCGUUCCCGCAAGAUGGCGGAGAGGCGGAGGAGCCGCGAAGUUUCUGGAAGCUCCGAGCCGAGCGAAGCGGACGGCACCUCGGAGAGCAAAGGGGUGAACGCUUUCGCCAACGAUGGCAGCUUCAUGGCGCUCUUCAAGAAGAAGAUGGAAGAGGAGAAGCUGAGGAGUGAAGGGGGAGCCGUGCCGAGCGGCGGGGACAUAGACAAUGGAGGCAAGAGGAGUGUGGCCGCUGGCCAGGAGCAAAGUGCUGAGGCCCAGAGCGACAGGAAGAAAAGCGUGCUGAAUAUUGUGGGAAAGCGGCGAGGUGGGGCAAAGCUAGCCCUCAAGACGGGAAUGGUAGCCAAGAAACACAAGACCGAAGAAGAGGCUGAAGCACGAGGCGGGGAUGCGUGGGCCAAAUACAUGGCAGAAGUGAAGAAAUACAAAGCACAUCAGUGCAGCGAUGAUGACAAAACUCGGCCUCUUGUUAAAUAGCCAGAUUUUCAAGCUCAUGCAGCCAAGAACUGUAUUAUAUUUUACAACCGUUAAGAUCAAGUCCUCCACUCAACGCCCUCACUGUACAGCCAAUAUGAGUUUUUUCUUUUGACUGCCUGGAAUAUGUAUUUAUUUGGAUUUGUGGUUUGAAAAAAACACUUGCAAACAAAAAUCCAACACAAUGUUUAAUUUUCAACAUUGAAAUCCUGUCCGCUUUCAAAGUGUGAUUGGUAGUGUACAGUUUCCAUAUUGUUAUCUCUUGCCCUGUUUCAAUAUAGAACAUAGUUUCCAGACACUUUUAAUCUUUUAUUUUUAUAAAAUGCGCGAUAAAGCUCCAGUUGUCAGUUUAAAACAAAACGACCAUGCAUAUUUACUCAUGUGCCUGCAGUUAUUAAUUGCAAAACUGUAGCAAGUUUUUGAAACUUGUACACAGUAUUGUACAUCUUACUGGCCUCUGUUGCCAAGCCAGCUGAAAAUGUGGGGCUGAUUUGAUCACUGACUGGUCAGACACAUCUGUGUUGGAAGGAGCCCAUUGCCUGACUGGUGCUGGUGAGGCAUUUACAUUUUUAAUCAGAAUUAUUACAUUACUAGCAUCAAGAGCUGAACUGUAAGUGGCAGUAUUAGGACUUGUUUCUCAUGAUCUGUUGGCUACAGCAUUUGCACUGCUGAAGACCAGUGCUUUCCUGUGUUUCUUCCUGAGAAUUAGUCUAUCCAGAGGACAUAAGUUGUAAUUGUGACCACUGCUGUGCCUGAAGUGAGCAUUUGGACAGUCAAUGUGUGGGACUCCCCCUAAAGAACAUAAAGUUGGAAUGUAAACAGUCAGCUAAAGUGAGCACAGAAAAUGGGAUGGGAUGAAAAAAUGUUUAAGUUCACAAAACUACCUCAGAAGUAUCAGUGAAACAUUAUUAUAAAGCUCUCGUUACGACCUACUCGGCUGAGUUUUCACUUUGUUCGUACUGUUUAUUUUUCAGCAGUGUUAGUGAGAUGUUGCUUCUUGUCUGCUGUUUGAAUUUCCCUUUUCUAUUCGUGAGCAGUGAAGAGAGCAUUUCUUCCUCCAUGAAGGAGGUUGGAUUGGAAAAGCAGAAGAUUUGAUAAAGUAGAACCUGUGGACCACAGUGGUUGCUGCCUCCUAACAAUAGCAGGAGCAGAAUUAGAAGCUCAAUGCAACUUGCAUCUUACAAGUUACAAAAAGAUCUCCUUCAGGUCCCUGUCUUUAGAGUAAUGCGGAUCUCUGACUUGGGCUGAAGUGGAGACCUGUGCCGGAUUGCCAUAGGACUCUUACUGCAAACUUCUGAUUUUUAUAGGACUUACCUGUAAUAUCAAUGAUACUUCUAGAUAUGGAAUGAAACGGAAGUUAAAUGGGGCAAAAAAUAGAUGAGGUGAAGUAGAACUAGAAUCAUAGAAUAUUUGAUGACAUAGCCUUUAACAAAUUAGUAAUUUGAUAUUUAAGUUUCCCUUUAAAUUAUGCCUCUUGCUCCUCAGUCUUUUUGGAUGUGCCUUUUGUUACUUGCAGAUUUUCACCACCCUUUAUGGCCAAUUGUUAAGGAAUGAGAGAGAUUCCCAGGCACAUUGUAACCCAACUUGAUAUUUUCCUGCACUUAGGCUCAUCUUGUCUUAUUGGAAUGUCUUGUAUUAUGGAGCAAGGGUGACAAUAACUGACUUGGAGAUUGAGCUGUCAUUCAUCUUUUCUGUGCAAUGUACUGCUAGUUUAAAUAUCUGACAUUAGAAGCAAAGGUUCCUUGAUGACUUGGAUGGGGAGUCAGCUGCCUGAGCCAGAAGGUUUAUUGGAACUUUGCUGUGUUAGCUUUUUUCAGGUGUAUUGGUGAGUAUGUGGAGCUGGGAAGUCAAAACGUUCAUCUUGGGGGGAGGCGGUGGGGGGGCGUCCUGCUUCUGAUCACUAUCUUAGUUGUCUGCAGUGAAAGAAUGUUAGCAACACUUUUCAUCAUCAAGUAGCCAGAAAGCUGUGCAUGCUUACAUGAAACAUGGAUGAUACAUUGGAGUCUUGCUAGUGUUUAUAGAAAGUGCCACUUUCUGGAGGUAGGUCAAACAGGUAAACACUGGCACUUCUGUUUGAAGGAUUUUGAAAUUUCUAUUUUUCGGACUUACUUGAACUAUAGGGACCAAGAUGCACUUACAAUGAAAUUAAACCAUAGUCAUUCACCCUGUACUUAGUUCAGCAAUGAAGAACUGAGCCAUAUCAGCAAUCCUAUGGCUUUGCUGAGUUAGCUCAUCCUGGCCAGGAUAGAGUUGCCCUUCAGUUCUUCCUGAGUUGCAGAGAAUGAAAUCUGGCACAGUUCCCAUUUGUUACAUGUGUGGAGGUUGCAAUUUAACUGAUGCUCUGCUAGUUGAAUGGCCUGCUACUGCUAUCAGGCUGAUUUUUAUGAAUAGUAAUUUGGGCUAAUUACCAGAGAAUGCCAAACCCAGUGGAACCGUAACCAGUCUUGAGCCUCAGACAUAACUUGGUGAGGCACUUUCACUGCUGAGUUAGGUUGUAGGUCAAAGCCUCACUCCGCAGAUUUGAGUGAAUGGAACUGUAUAAAGUUACUUGACAGUUUUGAUUGAGAAACUGCUGCAUUGUCAGAGAUGCUGUCUUUUGGAUGAGAUUAAAUCAAGGCCCUGUUGUCUAGCGUGACCAAUUUUUGAAAAGAAGGCAAAGGAGCUAUGAUGUUUUGACUAAGUUUCACCUAAACUAGUGAAGAUACUGAUUAUUUGGUCAUUUACCUUGCUUAGAGGGACCUUGUGGUUUGCAAAUUGGCUGUGAAUUAAUUUAGGACAAACUGAGCUCAAAAUCCAUUGGUAAACUUGUGUGGGAGCAGAAAAAUAGUUCUUUUCAAAUCAGUUUUUGGGCAAGGGGAUUGAAUCUUAACUUCCAAAUUAUGUGUAAAGAUCUGUGAUUAAUGGAAUCAUUAAGGAGUUCUGGAAGUUCAUUUGCAAUUAAACAGUCAUGGGUUACUCAGUUGAAUAAUAUUGGUCGUGCCAGACAUUGAGGAUGGAACAGUUUUCCAUAGUUCCAUAUGUGAAGGGCAUUUCAGUCCAGUAGAACUGAGAACCAAUUCUCAAUCUCUACACUUCUAAAUGUGCGACUUCUUAGCUAUGGUGAGUAACAGACAUAAAAUAUGUCAUGGAAACAUCAGCCAUGAAAUAAGUACAAACCUUCUUUCAUCCAGAAUCAGUGCAAUUUUACCCAGGUGAAAUCUAAGCCAGCUAGUGCUUGUUGAAGACUUCACCAUGCAAUUCAUACUCCAUGAUCUAAACUGAUGACUAAUUUGGAUUUUGUUAUAACUUGGGAUUUCAUUUGGUAACAAUAUUCCAGUGAUAGAUAAUUAAAGGUCAGUUUUCACUUCCUUGAAAAACAUAGGUAUAAAUGUGGUUCUUUUCUCCUGCACCCCCACCCCCAUAAAAUACUUUUGAAUCUUUCCCCAUUACUGACCAGUUUCUCGAAUGUAAUGCAGCAACUUAGCUCACUAUGACUGGCAACUUCUCAAUUCACUAUGUAUGGCCAUAAAAUGUCUUUGGCAAUUUUUUGUUUCUGGUUUGGGGCGGUGGAAAUACUAGAGGUGGGGUGGAGAAAGAGCAUAUUCUAAGCCACUAAUUUGGUUUGACCAGAAGGUAAAAGAAAACCACAGUACCUGGUUCAUUAGCUUGACUUGAUUUUGUUUUUCUUUAAACUGAUGUUGAAGCAUUUGCUUUCUAAAAUCCAAUACUAGCCUAAGAUAUAUAAAGCAAGUUAAUGGUGGUUGUGUCUGAUGACCUUUUGGUGUACAUGUCUAAUAUUUAAUGUAUUGCUGACACUUCAGUGCCAUGCUGUGUUUUGCAUGCAAACUAGCCUUUCAAAAUAAAAAGAAAAGCCAGUCUCCUCACACUGGAUUCUUCUGCCUGAAAAUCUGAAUUCACAAGCAUUUUCCAAUUUGCAAUGUCCCCUCACCAGUGAACAAACUUUGACUCGUAGAUAUUUGCUUAACCAUGAAUUGUCACUUUGGAUCUGUGGUACACCUGCAUUUAACAUGAAUUCAUUUUGGAUCAGACAAACUGAUUAGUGCUGAUAUUUCUCGUAGUUUUCGUAUAAAGCAAUGUCUUUUGUGUGGCAGAACGGAUAAGGAAGUGAUGGAAGAAUUUGACUUCUUUCUUCCCAACCAAAUGUGGCAAAUUGAACACGGCAGCUGAUUGUUCAUUGAUUCUUGCUCGUUAGUUGAAGUUUGGCAAGUCUUUAGAUGUUAAGCAAAACAGCUACCAACUGAGGGCAGUUUUUUUUAAAAAAAAGGAAACUAUUCACUUUAGUAUCAGCUGCUGUCAACACCGCUCCAAUUUGCAGCAAGAAUUUGCUGGGAUGGGUAUCAUCAAUAGAAUUUCCUCCUGAACAGACUAGCGUUGAAAUACUAUAAAGCUGGAAACAGCACUGUUGGGAGACCUAUAUUCUGUACAGCUCGUUUGAAAAGCCCAACAGCAGUGGAUGAGUUCAGUCAUAUCUAGCCCCUGUUCCAGUCCUUGCCUUUUUCUGCUGUGACCCUAUUUUGAGGUUUAGAAGCUUUCACAACUUCUGAGUGUGAGGGUCUACAAGAGCGGGAACACGGUUGUGCUAAUUACAUCAGAUCUGUAUGGCGUCAUUGUUGCCUCAAAGUUUGAGAAGCUAAAAUUUCAGCUGUGCCCUCUGUCAGUCCUGUCUCCGUGCCUUUAUUUGGGGGCAGGGGAGGCUCUGCCUUUAUACCCUUUUUUAAAAAAUGUUGACCUUUUUGACAAUCCAGAAUCCACCCAACUUGUCUCCACUGUUGUGUAAGGAAGGUAAUUGCUCAGGUCAAGGACAUAGAGAGGAAAAUAACCACAUGAUUAUGGCCUCUACCAUUCACUGUUUGUUCUUCAAGUGACGGGAGUCAGAUCCAGCAAUGGUACAGCUCAGCAGUUCAUAUUAACUAAUCAUUUUUGUUGAACUACUGUGUAUUGCUACAGUGAUUUUUAAAAAAUCUAUAACUGUGUAGUAAUCAAAAACUGAAUGGAAGGCAAGAACUCGACCACAUUGAGGUUAACGAACUUAAACUGCUUAUUUCCACUUGCCACCGUUACAUUGUACACUCCACAGCCGCUAUUUAAUCAUUCUUCAGGUACUGAACAUAAAUCAGGUUUCUUUUUGCUGAUCAUUGAAUAAAGUAUUGUAAAGAGUU